AAACAUUCAGACCAAUUCGACACAGGAGGAACUAAUCAGUUUAGAGAAAAUGACACGAAACGAAGGUACAUGCAUACAUAAAAAGAAAAAGAAAAAAACUGAAGAAGGCACUUGUGUGGUGUCCAUCUGGUGAGUAUACAAGUAAAUCAGCACGCGCCGAGAUCGCAGCUUCUAUAUAAAGUCAUCUCACGCCCACCUCUUUCUCUCAUUCGUCGUCUUCCUCUACAAGUCCCGAGAAACAGUUAAAACACAUUAAAUCUCCUUCUCCUUUUGUCUCUUCUUCUUCUUCAAAAAUUCCCUCUUUUUUUGUCGAGUUUCUAAGAAACGAAUCAUGCAUAGAUCCAGAAACCCGUCAUUCUCCUCCACUCUCCUCGACGAAAUCUACAAUUCCACCGAUCCCAAACCCCACAAAACCCAAUCUUUUGCCGGCUCUGUCCAUCACACUGCCAAGAAACAGAGCAUCAGCGCAACUAGGCCGGUUCCUGACCGGAAAAUCCACCGAGAUCGGUUCUUCGGCUCCGUGUCGUCUUCCUCGGAUUCCAGCUCCAGUAUCUUCUCAUCUUCCGACACCGAACCAUCACACCCUAAGAAGACAUUUUCUUCAAGACCGUUAUGUUUCGGCCCAUCUAAGACAACAACAACAAAACAGAGAAAAACAGAGGAUAAUACUCUGUUUCGCCAAAACAGAGCAUUCCGAGUUUCAGACGUCUACGAUGAGAAGCGUGAGGAUACUAGAAGUACCAGAAGAUCUGCGAAGAAGAGCUCGAGUAGUAAUCAGAAAAAGCCUAAAACUCCAGCUUCGCCUGGAGUAAGAAUCGUUAACUUCAUCAACUCGUUAUUCAGCAACAAACAAUCAACGGCGGUGAAGAGUUAUCCAAGGAAGACGAGCUACGACGAUUCUGAAUUCGUUAGGAAGCCAACUGAUUAUUAUUACCAUGCAUCGACAACGUGUUCUUCAGCAUCUUCCUUCUCCAGGUCUUGUCUGAACAGAAGCUCCGAGAAAUCAUCUGACCGUAUGGUCAAGCGAAGCGUUCGGUUUUCUCCGGUUAACGUGAUCGUCCCCGAGAGCAGAUCCUACGUCGAAGAUUAUCUCAGCAACGGGUACGUAAGAAAGUCGGUGAAGAAGGAUGCGGAAGAUGGAGGGAGGAGGUCAGUGGAGGAGAUUGCGAGAGAGUUUCUGCGAGAUUAUCACAAGAAUCAUCAUGACAACGGUUUGAGCAAGAUUAAUGCCUUCGAGGAUUAUGAAGAAGAUGAUGAUGAUGAUUUAGCAAGUGAUUCGAGUUCGGAUUUGUUUGAACUGGAUCUAGUUGGAACUCAUCAUCACAAUCUGUACGGGGAUGAACUUCCUGUGUAUGAAACCACUUUUGCUGGUUUGAUCUUGUGAAGCUUUCUUUUUAAUAACUUUCUCCCUUAAUUAGGUUAUCGUAUUAUAAGUUCUAAUUCCAUGUGAUCUCCACAUCUGUGUUUGAUUUUGUAAUUAUAGUGUCGUGUUAUAAAUUUUGUGUUUAUAAAAAUUUGAUCCAUUACUUAAGUCUUUA